AAGCGGCAGCAGGGGCACGAGGAGAAGAGAGGACUUCUGUUAACAAAAAAAUUAAAACCACAUAAAAAAAAAACCAAAAGAGAAGGAAUACUGAGAGGUGGACGGAAUAUAACUUUUAGAUUUUUUUUAUUUUUUAAGAUUUUUUUUUGUUAAUUUAAAUAAUUUUUCAACUUAAAGCUACUGGAAGCCAUGAGGAUUUUCGCUGUUGCGCUCUUGCUGGCUCACGUUUUGGUGAUGUCCAGACUGGCCAGCGGUGCUGCAGUAGACCGUUACGACAGCAACAAGCAGCGGCACACCUCUGUUAUCAGCCUCCUGGACACAACCAGAGACAGGAGAGCAGAGGAGGAGAACCGGGGCGUGAGGGCCACAACACCAGAUUACAGCAAGGACGGCGAGGCGGAGGAGUAUGAUGAUGACUACUACUAUUAUGAAGAGUAUGAAGAUGGCACGUCUGGAGACUAUGAACUGCAACUGCCAAGAGUUGCCAUGUCAAGCAAACCCAAAGAUCCUUCUACCAUCCUGGAGGCUGAAAACACUGAGGGAAAAACAACGAGAGGAAAGGGAAAGAAGAAGGGGAAAGGAAAGGGAAGGAAGAGGAAUCCUUGCCUGAAGAAGUACAAAGAUUACUGCAUUCACGGGACCUGCACUUACCUGAGAGACCUCCGUGAACCAUCAUGCGUGUGCCACCAUAAUUACUCCGGCGAUAGGUGUCAGUUUAUCCUGCUGCCAUCGCAGUCCCGAGAGGGCUACAACCGCACCACAGCUCUGGCCGUGGUGGCGGUGGUGCUGUCGUCUCUGUGCCUCACCAUCAUUGGACUUUUAUUAAUGCUCAGGUUUCACAAGCGGGGAGAGUAUGAUGUAGAGAAUGAGGAGAAGGUGAAGCUAGGGUUAGCAUCCAACCACUGAAGCAACAAAGAGAGGCAAAGAUGUAGAAAUUCUACCUCAGCUGAAAAUGAAAAGUGAACAGCAACAGGAGGUCCCGGAGGAAAAAAAAAGGAAAAUAAAAUGAACGUACGCAAAGAAGAGAACAGAAGGACGUCUGCCCGAUGUUCUGCUGGCCGUUCAGAUAAAGAGUGGGCACGUGAAUGUAUUCCUGAUGGCUUCAGAAGAAGAAACUCCCGGUCUGGAACUGGAAUAUCAAACCGCUCAGAGGAGGUGUGACAAGAAUCAGGCGAUGAGGAACGGGAAGAAGGAGGAACUCAUCUUGACUCUGUCUCUGAAUUAUUUGACAUUUUUAACAACAAUCAGAGCUCAAUCUGGAUUCUCUUUCUCUCAAAAGACAACAUUUUAUAUUUUCCUGCUCAAAGCCGUCAUGUGUUUUGUUUUGUUUUUUUGUUGUUUUGUUUUUUCUUUUGUGUGUACAGUAAACGGUAUAUUUAUAAUUUUAAUUUAUUUAUUUAAGCUAACUGUAUUUAUGGAGAUUUUUAACCACCUUUUAGCAGUUUUUAAAAUAAACCAAAAAUGUUACAAGUGUUUUUAUAUUUCUUAUUGGAGGCUAUUUAUUUAUGAAACAGAAACAAACGAAGCGGAAGCUCAGUAUUUCAUGAAAAAUAAUGCGUAAACUUUAAUUCUGGCACUCACUAGAUGAUCAAUAGCACUGUGAUUAAUAAAUUGAUCAUUGAAUACGCAAGAUUUUAUUUUAUUUGAUGUUAUUUUUAAUGAUUCAGAUGAUUUCCAACACUCUGACCACACUCACACGAUUACUCAUAGUCACACCUGGAAGCUGCCCCAGGGGCAACCAGUCUGUUCUGUCAGCCACUAAGUGGCUCCAAUGUGGGUUCAGUGAAUUGCUCAAAGGCACAUCAGUAUUGGUAAUGAGGGAGGGCCAAGCCCUACUCUCUCCCAUCCCCCCACCCGGCUUUAUCCUGCAGGUUCGGGGAUCUUUAGUUCACGUUAGGUUUCAAUUUCAGAGGUAACGCUGAUCAUUAGGCACACUGCUACGUACUGAUUAUAAGCACCACAAGGACUGUGCUCUCAACAUCUGUAUUUCUUUCUUUUUUUUUUUUAGAAGGGAGUCACAUAUGAAAUGCACUGUAGAAAGAAUUGGGUAUAAAGAUGUUGUGUUUAUGUCUUAUCAUUGUUAGAGAAACUGUUAAGCUGUCAAGAAAAAAGCAAAAAGGAAAAACAAUGUGAAUUCAAGUGUUUUAUCCAUUCAAAUCCUGCAGUUUUGAAGUGAUUUUUAUUUGUGAUUUUCUUUUCGGAGCAGAAUAAAAAAAUAAAAUAAAUCAAAUAAACAUCUCAAU